UGCAUCUGACUGACACAUGGACUAUAUGCCAGAUGAGUUUGUAGAGGGUAUAACGGCAUUGUGUGAGUGUGUGCGUUUGUGCCUGCAGUCUGUUAGGCUACUUCUGUGGCCCAUUCAACUCAGCAAGGUGGCCGACUUGACCUGCAACCACUUCCUGAAUGGCACCAAAUUCUGCCGGGUCAAUGCAAGAAGAUGCAAAGGUCAAGAACUAAAAGACAUGGAUGACAUCCAAGUUGCGUCAAAAGCACCCCUGCUUGUUGACCGGGAAUUGCCAGGGUUGAGAGCGGCUGUAGCACAACUUGUGAUAAAGGAGCACGAUGUGGAGACUCCCCAUGGAAGGAUCCACUGCACCAUGAAGGGGAUGCCCAAAGGAGACCGGCCUGUCAUCCUCACCUUCCAUGACAUUGGACUGAACCACAAGACGUGCUUUGACCCCAUGUUCCAGCAUGAGGACAUGCAGGAGAUCAUGCAGCACUUUGCUGUGUGCCACAUUGAUGCCCCUGGGCAGCACGAGGGGGCCAACACGUUCUCUAAUGGGUACGAGUACCCCUCCAUGGAUCAGCUGUCUGAGUCCCUCCCCCUGGUCCUCAAGCAUUUUGGCCUGAAAAGCGUCAUUGGAAUAGCCGUCGGAGCUGGAGCCUACAUCCUGGCGAGAUUCGCUCUGGACUACCCAGUGUUGGUGGAAGGCCUGGUUCUGAUUAACAUCAACCCCUGUGCUGAGGGAUGGAUGGACUGGGCUGCAAACAAGGUCACUGCUUUGCCCGAAAUGCUCAUCGGCCAUCUCUUCGGAAAGGAGGAAAUCUCCAACAACCAUGACCUUAUCGCCACCUACCGCCAUCACAUCAUGAACGACAUGAACCAGUACAACCUGCACCACUUUGUCAAAGCUUAUAACAGCCGGCGGGAUCUGGAGAUUGAGAGGCCCAUUCCUGGUGGGAAAGUCUCCGUCAGAACCCUGAAGUGUCCUUCUCUGUUGGUGGUAGGAGACAGCUCUCCAGCCGUUGACGCUGUGGUAGAGUGCAAUACUAAGCUGGACCCGACAAAGACCACACUGCUCAAGAUGGCCGAUUGCGGAGGCCUGCCCAUGGUUGACCAGCCUGCAAAGCUGACGGAGGCCUUCAAGUACUUCAUUCAGGGAAUGGGCUACAUGCCCGCCGCCAGCAUGACCAGACUGGUCCGGUCUCGCACUGCAUCCGGCUCCAGCAUCCACUCCAUGGAUGGCAACCGGAGCCGGUCUCACACCAACGAGGGCAACAGGAGCCGGUCACACACCAAUGAGAAGCGUGGUCGCUCCCACACGGACAGUAUGGAAGGCACAGCGAAUAGCAGCGCUGCGCUCAAAUCCACCGAAGUGUCCUGCUAGAUGACCCUUACAUGACACUCAACCUCUGACCCCCUGCCCCCCUGGUUCCCGCUGCGCUGCCACUAACCACACCUACAAACACACAUACACAACUAGAGAAUAUUGUCUCUAUGCCAAAGAGUUAUGCGAAGAGGUUGUGUGUAAGGCUAUGCAAGUGUAUAUACUACUGCAUUAUAAAGGAAAUUCCUUAGAGGGGAAAUAUGUAUUCUGAAAUAAACAGAUCCCUUCCCAUCUGCCGAGUCAGGUGGAAUGUCUAGUUGUUAGGGGCAACGCAGCAGAGUGACACACCGCAACGGAGAAUGUGAGAGAAAGCUGUGGCUGCAGAGCGAGUACCUAGUACAGCAGUUUAAAUCUAUCGUGACAUGUUUCUUUUUUGUCUGUAGUUCUUGAGUGCAUUUGACACAGCUUUCUCAAAUGUGCACCUGACUGUUUCUAAUUGUUCAUCAUUAACUUUUCAGUGUUCUGAUUCAUGUACUAGAAGUGGAGUAAGAAUAGGGAGGAAAGUGGCAAGGAAAGAAAGUCGGCUUUUUUAUCUUCUCAAAUUGCUAUUCGUCUUUGAAACUGGAAAGGAGGGAAUUGAAGAGUAUCAUCAUGUACAUACAACACAUUCAUGUAACGCUUCCUCUGUUUUAGGAUGUUUCGUCUGGAGUUAAGUCUUCUGGAUGUAUCUGUUAACUCUCUGGAAUCAAAUGAUUGUAGCCAUUCUAUUGUAGAACAUUCCAAGAGACUACCCUUCCAUUAAUCAAACAAACACAAACUGUUGCUUUAUUAACAGAUCAUGGCUUCAGGCACAAUUGUUCUUUUGGAUAUUUCUUCUCGUGUAUGUAAAUGAUUAUCUUUGUUCUGCCGUGAUUACAUAGAAAUAAUGUGCCAUGGAAACCCUCUUUGACUUAUUAAGGCUCCUUUGUUGUGAUGGAUUUGAGAAAGUCAAGCCGAUCCACAUGAUGUAAUAUAAAGAUUGAGUUAGCCAUAGAGCUUAUCAAAAACCCUCUCCAACUAUUACGUGCACUAGAGCAACACUUGCCGGCUACAUCGCUUUAUAAAGCUACACUACUGCCUAAUGCUGUAGACGAGAAGCAUUAAAUAUGGCAUAACAGUUUAUUUACUAAGAAAAUAAAAACAUAACUUUU